UAUUCUGAGAGUAUUAAUAAUAUCUAAAAGUACCUUGAUUGACUCAAAGUUCUUGCUGUCGCCGGAUUUUUUUCUUUCCAAGGAAAAAAUUCCUCAAAUUCACAGUUCGCAGAUUUUCUUUUCACAAGAUGUCCGAAGAAGAUUCCUUCAUAGUACUGGGUUCGACUCCAACCCCAUCGAUGGAGAAUUACCUAAUGGAAGAUGGUUAUGAUAGGAAACCAACAUCGCUGACGCCGUCACAGAGAAACAUAAUGGAAACCUCCUCCACCCAAAUUGAUUCCAAUAAUUUUAGCUUGAUCCAAGCGGAUGAGUCAUUAAAGUCGAGUGCUGCUACGCAGAAGUUUGAUGUAAAAUCCUUAUCACCACCACAAUCGGUUAAUUCAGUAGCUAUGAACGGUUGUACAAACAAUUCCUUAGCUGCCAGUGUUAUUAUGGGUGAAACCAAAUCUAGUCUUCUUCAGGCUUUUCCAAGCCUGAUGAGCUCAUCGGUAACCAUUAAUGAAAUACAAACAUUGCGACACUUGAUAAAUGAGCAUGGACAAAUGAAGGACAGCUUGCAGAAGGCGAAUGUAGCAAUGAGGAAGAAUUUUAGCAACAUUCAAAAAUGGCAGGACGAAGUUAAAUUGAAAUAUGCGAAACAAGUUCGCACGGUUGACGAACAGAUGAUGGCAAUAGGUGCCUUGCAGGAAGAAAAUCAAAGUUUAAAGCAAGCACUAGCACACGCAGAAUCGCGUGCAAAAGAGCAAGAUGCGCAUUUUCAGCAGGAACAGAAAGCAGCACAGAAAGAAAUGGACGAUAUUCGCCACCAGAUGGAGGCCGAGCGUACUUCCGCCGGAACCGAACUGGACGAGCUGCGAAAGAUGCUCUCCGAAAAGCAGUCCAUUUUGCAGAACAUGGCUAGACAAAUCGAACGCUUGGAGCUGGAAAAACAGGAAUUCGUUGUGGUCAAUUCGAACAAACCGGACAUCAAAGAUAGAGAUGGAUUAGAGUUCAUAACUAAAGAGGAACACGACCGGCAAUUGAAGGUGCUUCAGCGAGAAAUGUCCGUUGUGCUUGCACAGAAUCUUCAGUUUGAGGAUAUGAAAAAACUGUUCAUUGACGAGAUAAACUGUUUGAAAGUAAAUAUGACAGCAGCCGAGGAGUUGCACGCUAAGCACCGUGCGGAAAUACAUCGUAUGACGAAAGAAAUAGAAACAAAGGAUGUUUCACUGGCAGAAAACAUCCGAGAACUGAAGAGCCUUAGUGAACAGGUGGACGUGUUGACAGCCCAGUUGGAUAUUUAUAAAAAUGAUUUCGAAGCCGAGCGCUCGGCCCGAGCAGAACUGGCCAGCGAGAAGGACCGUAUUUUGAGCGAUUUGAAAUUACUGCAAAAACGUAACCAGCAAUUGAUAGAUGAAGUCCAGAAUGGAAGAUCGGCUGAAGAAAGUGCUACCCGUGCAGCAAACGAGUCCCUCGAUAGACGCAAUCCAGCGGAAGUGGUCGCAGGUUCUUCUGCAGGAGGAAACUCUGCUGAAAAACCGAAUGGCAAUGAAGAACAGCUCUUCCAGCGACCAGUCUUGCACUGUCCACUUUGUGACAGUGUUUUUAAAGAUUUGAGCACCCUACAGAAUCAUGUUGAGGAUUGCUAUGGUACGGCAUAAACUUGACAAAACUUUGGAGGGUAAUUUAAAAUGAACCUGUUACAUAUGUAUACAUAUUUUAAAAUUACAUAUUGCACUUUUUCGCAUUCAUAUGCCAAAACUAUAAUAGCAAGUGACACGAGGCACUCUUACGUGGGCCUUUCAUUUUUUCUACGGUUGGUUGCCACGUGCUUAUGAAUAACACUAUAAACUGUGUAAUAAUACACAUUAUUAUUGACCUGUAGAAUCCUUAAUCACUAGACUGAAUAAACUUUGGAUAGAUUUAAAUGCAUCGCAUAGAAAACCUGUUGAAAUAAAUGCGCUCU